AUGGACGUUCUAUGCACAGGGUCAUCGUGUGGGGACUCAUGUGUCAAGGCCGACAUGGACUACUUCAAGAACAAGGAUUUGGACUCCACCAAGCGGCAUUUCAACACCCCAUUCAACGUUUCCUCAGAUGAUGAUAAUGAUGACGACAACGAAGAAGACUCCAAGUUGCAUAAAAGAACGUGGAACUGGACGCCGAGUGGACGCAGAGUCAACUGGCCUGGGAAAAUCGACGAAUAUCUGCCGAAACAGGUCACCAGCUCGACCCCUGACGAUGACCAGUUUCCCCAAAAUCUUGGGUUCUUUGCAGAAAAAAGCGAGGCCACUGUCUCUUACAUGAUCCCUUUCAAGACUGCCAGAGGCAGAGGCAGGAAUAGAAGAAUGGCGUGGCUAGACCCUUUUAUGAUGGGCACGGGCAGCCUGCACGGCUGUACGAUGCUGGCCAUUGUCAGCAAGCGCGCUGUUUGGAUGAUCUACGCCAUGGGCGGUGGCGAUGAGAAGCGCUAUGAUGACACCAGCGCCGACGCACCUGGUAUGAGGAACUUCACUGACCGUGUCAUCGGUGUCAUCACCGGCGAGGGGCCCGAUGAUACCAAGAAGUACGGACAGCCCGUGGACUGGAGCCAGUUCAACGCCUGUGAUGAUGACACGCGCAUCUUGUGGAUGAGCCCCGUCAAUCAGAAGGACUAUAACCACGUAGACCCUCAGAACAGGCCCCGCUAUCUCAAGAAAAUCAAGAUGGUUGACGAUCUCAUUCGCGAUCACGUUAGCUCAACUCGAAACUCCGAGACCCACUUUUACAGGAGACUUUGGUAUCAGUCGAAUGGCGGCAACCCCACGGGCCAAGAUGCUGACAAGGUGGAUAAGACCGCUCGUGGUCAAUGUGCUUUCCAGUAUGUGCUGUAUUGGGAUAUGAGAACCUCCUCAAGUACUCCAAGUAUACUGACUCGCGGCAGGUUUGAUGGAGAAGGCAACUGGCGCACCUUCUACGAGACAAAGCUGAUUGAGAGCGACUAA